AUGUUUUCAAAUUUGUCUAAACGUUGGGCUCAAAGGACCCUCUCGAAAGGAUUCUAUUCUACCACAACAGGUGCUGCUAAAUCAAGUAAGCUCACUCAAAGAUUGAUUGCCGGAGGUGUUGCUGCUGCCGGUAUCACUGCAUCUACUUUACUCUAUGCAGACUCUUUAACAGCCGAAGCUAUGACUGCAGCUGAACAUGGGCUACAUGCCCCAGCACACGCUUGGUCUCACAACGGUCCUUUCGAAACAUUUGACCAUGCAUCCAUUAGAAGAGGUUACCAAGUUUACCGUGAAGUCUGUGCGGCAUGUCAUUCCCUAGACAGAGUGGCCUGGAGAACUUUGGUUGGUGUUUCUCACACCAACGAAGAGGUCCGUGUUAUGGCUGAGGAAUUCGAAUACGACGACGAACCUGAUGAGCAAGGUAACCCUAAAAAGAGACCUGGUAAACUAUCUGACUAUAUCCCGGGUCCAUAUCCAAACGAACAGGCCGCAAGAGCUGCCAAUCAAGGUGCUUUGCCACCAGAUCUAUCCUUGAUCGUCAAAGCUAGACAUGGUGCUUGCGAUUACAUCUUCUCUCUGUUGACUGGUUAUCCUGACGAUCCACCUGCUGGUGUCGCAUUGCCACCAGGUUCCAACUACAAUCCUUAUUUCCCAGGUGGUUCUAUUGCCAUGGCAAGAGUAUUGUUUGAUGACAUGGUCGAAUACGAAGAUGGUACUCCUGCAACAACCUCCCAAAUGGCUAAGGAUGUUACCACUUUCUUGAAUUGGUGUGCCGAACCUGAACACGACGAAAGAAAAAGACUAGGUUUGAAAACCGUAAUAAUCUUAUCCUCUUUGUACUUCCUAUCUAUCUGGGUUAAGAAGUUCAAAUGGGCCGGUAUUAAGAACAGAAAAUUCGUGUUCAACCCACCAAAGCCAAGAAAGUAG